CACCCUUGGCUGCGCUGCUCGGUGACGUCAUACGCCUCAGACGGUAGCGGUGUACGGUUGGCGCUCAGCGGCUCGGAAACAAACAGUACACUUCCUGGUCGUCCCGGUUCCGGAGGCUGCAGCGGGUCUUCAGACGGAUUUUGACCCGGUUUCAAGGUGUGGAUGUUUUCGGCUGACUGUGGAUCUGAGUGGAUCAGUGAUGCAGUCGGGGUCAGAUCCUCCAGGGCAUGGACCGAAGCCAGUUAGGAGAUCCCCUCGUCUGUCCCCUCAGGUCGGCAGCAGUGAGGGAACACAGGAGAACAAAGGAGGAAACAGCCUGCAGGAGCUGAAGAGGAGAGGAAGGAUGGAGAGGACCAGAGAGGAGCGAGAAGAGGAGCUGAGUGGCAAAUUGAAGACACUGGAUCUGUCCAGCAGAUCGGCAGCCAGUGGAACGGGUCUCGUUUACUCGGAGAUCUUCACCCACCAUAAGAACGAGUGGGACCCGAGCCAUCCAGAGAGUCCGGACAGAGUGACAGCCAUCAUGAAGGAGCUGGAGAGACAAGAUCUGCUGCCUCUCUGUAUCAGAGUUGAGCCCAGAGAAGCUACAGAGGAAGAGCUGCUGCUGGCUCACAUGAAACACUAUGUGGACCUGAUAAAGUCGACUCAGACGAUGACACUGGCUGAACUCCAAACUCUGUCCAACAAAUAUGAUUCCAUUUACCUCCAUCCAGAGUCCUUCCAGGUGUCUGUGACAGCUGUGGGUGCAGUGCUUCAGCUGGUCGAUCGGGUCAUGACCUCUGAACUCAAGAACGGAUUCGCCAUCAUCAGACCUCCAGGUCAUCACGCUCAGGCCAACGAGUGCAACGGUUACUCUAUCUUCAACAACGUGGCGAUCGCAGCUCGAUACGCUCAGACCAGGCACGCCAUCAGCAGUGUUCUGUACUUCAGCGUCCACAGGUAUGAGCAGGGCUCUUUCUGGCCUCACCUGCCAGAAUCCGACAGCCAUUUUGUUGGCAGCGGACCAGCUGAAGGAAGAAACAUCAACCUGCCCUGGAACCAGACGGGGAUGACCGACGCUGAUUACAUCGCGGCUUUUCAACAAGUGCUGCUGCCCGUCGCCUACGAGUUUCAGCCUCAGCUGGUUCUGGUCUCUGCUGGAUUCGAUGCCGCAGUUGGAGAUCUGAAGGGUGAGAUGUGUGUGAGCCCUCAGUGUUUCCAGGUUCUGACUCACAUGUUGAUGAGUUUGGCAGAAGGUCGACUUGUUCUCGCUCUCGAGGGAGGUUAUAACUAUGAGUCAUCAGCUGAGAGUGCUGCAGCCUGCAUUCGAGCUCUGCUGGGUGGACCAUGUCCUCCUCUAACUACACCCACUGCUCCGUCUGACAGUGCUCUGCAGUCCAUCUCUCAGACCAUCUCAGCUCUGUAUCCACACUGGGCCUCUCUGCAAGUGCUGGAAGGCAGCCCGUCGGCUGAGGGACGUGCCAUCAGCACAUCGACCAAUCAGAAAAAUACAAUGAAGCCCAACCUUGCCCCCUCUGUUGCCACGACAACAGGUCUGGUUUAUGAUGAGAGGAUGAUGGAGCAUUCGAACCUGUGGGACAGACAUCACCCGGAGCAGCCUCAGCGAAUCUUUAAGAUCUUCUCCAAACAUCAGCAAAAGGGAUUGGUUGAUCGCUGCCAGCGGAUACCAGUUCGCUUGGCGACAGAGGAGGAGCUGUCCUUGUGUCACAGCAUGCAGCACAUCGAGCAGAUGAAAGCCACAGCGAUGAUGAAGCCCAGAGAGCUGCACAAACUGGGCGACGAGUUCGUCUCCAUUUACCUCAACCAGCAGAGCUUUCAGUGUGCACAGCUGGCGGCUGGAAGCUGCCUCAACGCCUUGGACCAGAUCCUGUGUGGGCAGGUGACUAACGCCGUGGCCAUUGUCCGUCCUCCUGGUCAUCACGCUGAGAGAGACUAUCCCUGUGGCUUCUGUUUAUUCAACACGGCAGCUCUCGCUGCUCGCUAUGCCAAGAAAGCCUCUCAUGAUCCCUUGAUGCGAAUCCUCAUCUUAGACUGGGAUGUUCACCACGGCAACGGCACGCAGCACAUGUUCGAGGACGAUGACAGUGUCCUCUACAUCUCCCUCCACCGCUACGACAACGGUGCAUUCUUUCCAUCUUCAGAGGACGCUGCCCCCGACAAGGUGGGCGUGGCCAAGGGGGCGGGUUUUAAUGUCAAUGUGGCAUGGAGCGGAGGAAGGAUGGGUGACUCGGACUAUCUUGCAGCUUUUCACCGUGUCGUCAUGCCUAUCGCCACUGAGUUUAACCCCAGUCUGGUUCUGGUGUCGGCCGGGUUCGACGCAGCCCGGGGGGAUCCCCUGGGUGGCUACAAUGUGACUCCAGAAGGAUACGCCCACCUCACACACAUGCUGAUGUCACUGGCUGGGGGGCGGGUCCUGGUCAUACUGGAGGGAGGUUACAAUUUGUCAUCCAUCUCUGACUCCAUGGCGAUGUGCACCAGCAUGUUGCUAGGAGACCCCCCUCCUGCCUUGGUGACGCCUCUCCCUCCUCCUCACCACAGUGCCGUGGCAACAAUAAACGAGGUCAUCCGAUACCACGUCCCCUACUGGAGGUCCCUGAGGAUUGACGUUCCAGAGUCUGUCCGGGCAGCCCUGCCUACCCUGAAGCAUCGUGGGAAACGUAGUUCUAAAGGAAAAGGCAGGAAGUCAGAGCAGGGCAGCAACGACAAACCGCCGGUGCCCCCUGCACGACCCGACGACUCUACGACGGUGAGCAGUCUGGAGCAGCUCACUCAGGGACUGGCCAGUUUGGACAUCGGUCAGACCUCAGCCAAUCAGAACCCUGCAUCCUCUCCAGUGGGAGGAGCUAGGCCAAAGGUCCCCCUGAGCUCAGAGAAGCCAACCUGUGAAGAAGUGAAGAAGGAGUCAGAUGACAGUACACCUGCGUGCAGCGAAUCAGCAGACAGUAUGUCGUGUCAGCCUGUUGGCGUGGCAACACCAGAGUCGGUCGCAGGUGUAGAUAAGGUUGAAGCCGGGGCCGGGGCGGAGCCAGAGCCCGAGGGAGCGUGUGGUUGGUCAAAGCCUCAGACAUCCCUGGAACUGAUGUGUGGCGCCGACGCAGAUGGAUCAACUAUGUAUGUGGUGGACCCUCUCUCCUGGUGUCCUCACCUGGAUGCCGUUAAGCCCCUCCCCUCCUCGGGUAUAGACGUCUUCCGGCCGUGUCAGGACUGCGGCUCAGAGGCUGAGAACUGGAUCUGUCUCACUUGCUACCAGGUGUUCUGUGGUCGCUAUGUGAACGAACACAUGGUGAAUCACGGAGUCGUGUCUGAACAUCCCCUGGUUCUCAGUUUCUGCGAUCUCUCUGCGUGGUGCUACCUGUGUGAGGCCUACGUACACAACCAGAUUCUGUUUGAAGCUAAAAACGCUGCUCACUGCGGCAAGUUUGGAGAGGAGAUCCCCCCCUGGAGCUGAGCGUAAAACCUCAUGUAUGCAGCUGUUUCUCGCUUUUCUUCUCGCUGUCUUCCUUCUCUGUGAUUGGACGGUUGAGUGCAUUGCUAUGGAUACCAGCAGCAGUGGUGCUUCCUGGGGAAACGCUGUUAAAUUCACCAGCUUUGUACGGCGUCCCACAACUGCCAAAACACAAAAACUCACAUGCAAAGCAAAAGAUGUUUUUAUUUGUAUUUUUUACUUCAGACACUCAAUGAUCUUCAUCGUCAUCAGCAAGUUGUCAGUUCUAUUCCCCGAAAAAAGCACCAGCAUGCUGUUAACACUUUUAUUUUGAAAAUCAUGAGCGGAAGAAGUUGAAGAAGCAAAAAGAAGAAGAUAGCCAUUUUCAGAAAAACAGGAAGAAUUUUGGCUCAGGAGGACUUCAUUCUCAAGUCAUAGUGGUGAUGAUGUCACCAAGAGGCCACGCCCCCUCCAGAGAGUGUUGCCAAAAUGUGACUGAUGGCAUGAUGACCGUCCAUCAGACCGAAACAAUCAACAUCAGGAUUUAAAAAACGAAAAAAGUCUGAAAACAGAAACUUAUUUUUUAGAGGAGAAA